AUGGCGCACACGGCGGCGGCGCUGCCGAAGGAGGUCAUACUCAACGGGCCGGACGGGGCGUACACGUACACGCUGAGCCGCAUUGACUUUCCGGUGCCGAAGCUCGAGGGCAAGGGCAAGGCCAAGGUCGGGCUCAAGAGGGGACGCGAGCCGGCCGGGCACGGCGUCCAGGGCGCGGCGGGGCACAAGGGCAAGCAGCGGCAACGAGAGGCGUCCGCGUCGUCGGAGGACGAGCGGCACGGUGUUUCUAAACGACCGAGGCAGCAGCGACGACAGCAGCAGCAGCAGCCCACAGAGAAUGUAAAGGCUCGUCAGCCAGCCAAGGGCAGCCUUGACGUGCGACAGCCAGCCAAGGGCAAUCUUGUGCGGCAGCCAGCCAAGGGCAAUCUUCACAUGCAACCACCAGCCAAGGGCCCCGUGCGGAAGAUGGUCCCGACGAGGACAGAGACGCACCCGGGACCGACCAAGACGCAGCUGCCGGUGGCCAAGACGCAGCUGCUGCCGGCCAAGCCGCUCGCACGCCCGACCCAGCCCCGAAGACACGAUUCCGAGAGGCCGCUGCCGUCAGCGCGGCCACCACCGACGAGGCCACCACCCGGCAGGCCAGGAUCAUCGGCAGGCCCAUCGGCAAGCCCAUCGGCAGGCCCAUCGGCAGGACCAUCGGCGGCGGCGGCGCGGUCACCGUCCCUGAGCCAGGCGCCGUGCGACCACUACAGCAUCAGCUCGGACGCGUCGACGCCGAGCCGCGACCUACCGCCGCCCAAGGACGAGAUCCUGCGGGUCAAGGGGCAGAUCUACCGCAAGCCGCAGGACUUUUGCAACAACCAGAAGAUCGCGUGCCUCGACAUCUUCCACGAGGCGUCGCUCGCGUGCCGGCGGGCAACGCCGAACCAGGCGCAGGAGCGGGCGUUCCUGCACGGCCUCUUCGAGAACGGCUGGCGCAGCGAGCUGGAACCGCCGGCGGCGCCGAAGCUGGCGCGGCGGCAGGUGACGCGGACGCGGCGCGAGAUUGGCAUCAUCAAGGAGGACGUGCUGCCGACGCAGAAGGGCAAGGCGCAGAGCGACGUGCGGCGCAAGGGCGCGUCCGUGUUCGCGCGGAUCCGGGUCAGCGACGACGGGCGGCUGGCGUGGGGCUACAGCGACGCCAACAACCGGCCGGUGCGGUGCCAGCACGUGGCGUGGGGCACGGAGGAGGAGGGGGCGCGGGCGUACGAGGAGGCGAUCGCGGCGUGGGACAGGGCCGAGGUCGAGCGCGUCACGGGGUUCAACAUGGAGCUCGCCGUGUACCUGGCGCGGCUGUGGACGGCGCACUGGACGCGCUGCGGGUACCCGACGCGGGUGCCGGUGCGGCACGGGGGCGCGGGGUUUGCGGCGUUGGUGAGCAUGGCCGAGCUGGUGCGGCGGUGA